AUGAAGAAUGGCGAGUCCUCUGCUCUUGAAAGAUUGAAGCGAUCACGAAGCCAAGAUGUGUUAGAUAGAAAAUUGCCUGUUAGCUUGAAAGAUUUUAUGUAAGGACUAUUAAGAGAAAUCUCUAAAGAGAGAGUGAAUAAAGUCAGAAGUGGACAAAGGCUUGCAAGCACUGUAGAUUUGCAAAAGAAGAAAUUCUUACUCCCCCCCCUUUAAAUUGGAACAAAAUAUCGGUAAAAUUUCCACUUUUUUGGUAAAUUAACCCCCCUUUAAAUUCGAACAAAAUUUUAAUUUUAUAAUAAAAAAUUAUAUAUAAUUUUUAUCUAAAAGUUUUGAUAUAAGUUAAAUGUUUUUUCUUAACUAAAAUUAAAAAUUUAGUUAUAUCUUGCUCAUUUUUAAAGAAAAAAGUAUAAAAGAACAUCUUUUUUAAAUAAAUUUAUUAUCCUUAAUUGCUAAAUUUUUAAAAAAAAAUUAAUUUUUUUUUUUAAAAAUUUUUCAAAAAAAAAUUUUUGUUUUUUUUUGAUAAAAAUGAUAUUUUUUAUUUGGAUAGUUUUGAUAUAAAUUCAAUAGGAAUUCUUUAUAAAAUUUCAAAAUUUAGUUAUUUCUUGCUUUAUUUUAAAGAAUAGAGUAUAAAUAAUAUCUUAUUUAAACAAAAUUAGCACUUUGAUCGAUAAAUUUUCUAAAAUUUUUUUUUUUUUAAUUUUUUUUAUCAAUAAAAAUAAUAAUUUUUGUGUAAAUAAUUUUGAUACCAAUUAAUAGUGGCGUAUUAACUAAUAAUGAAAAUUUAGUUAUAUCUUGCUUUGUUUUAAAGGAUAAAGAGUAAAUAGCAUUUUAUUAAACAAAUUUAUUAAUCUAAUUCGAUAAGUUUUUGAAAUUUUGUUUUGUUGAAAUUUUUAUAUAUUUUAUAAAAAAUUUUAUAUUGAUAUUUUUUUUUAAAAAAAUAAAAUUAACCCCCCUUUAAAUUGGAACAAAAUUUUUAGUUCCAAUUUAAAGGGGGGGGAGUUAGUGAAAGAUGAAUUAAAUGCAAUAAAGAAUGAAAAGCUAAACGAGGCUGUGCUUAGAAAAAGCAGGUCAGACCUGAAACUGCAAUCGCUGAAUGUAACCCCAAAAAGAGUUGAAUAUGAAAAUACUGGAAAACUAUUGGAAAACAAUAAAUUCGUUGAAGCUCAUCCUGCUCCAAAACCCAUGUCUUGCUCACUCCCCCCCUCGAAGUUCGACCAAGAUAUAGCGAAAAUUCCUAUUUUUUUGGAAAAUUAACCUCCCUCAAAGUUCGACCAAGACCUAUAUAAAUUUACUAGGAAAAUAUUAUUUUUCAAAAAUUUUAAUCUAUGUGGGGGUGAGCUUGCGAUUUUUGUAUUCAAGUUCUAAAAAAGCGUUACAAAAACCAUCUUGCACUAUUUUUUCUAACCCUUACACCCUCUCAACCAUACAGAAGAAUAUGAUAAAUAUUUAUUUUUUUUUAACUACUAAAUUAUAUAAAACAAAUUCUAUAUAAUUUUUUUUAAAAAAAAUUUUUCUUAACGCCCCUCGAAGUUCGACCAAAAAGAUCUUGGUCGAACUUCGAGGGGGGGAGUCAGCGAGAAAGCUAAGUUCUGCCAUGCAAGAAUAUUUGGAAGUUCCUGAGUUCUCUCCUGAAUUAGAAAAGAAGAAAACCAGCAAUUUAGACUCGUUUUUCAUAGAAAAAUUCCAAUAUAUCAGCAGCUAUUUAGAUUCAAACAAGAAUUCUGUUCACCUCCCGAAAAUCAGCGAGGUUUUCAGCGCUGAAAGAAAAUCAACAGCUGAUAAAAAGAAAAUAAACCAAAUUGAAAAUAAAAUUAAAUCAAAAUCCAAGGACCCAUUCAAGAGAAAAAUGCUGUUUAUUGAUAAAAUGAUUAAAGAAGAAAUAAGAGCAUCAAUACUCCAGCAACAAACGAAAGAAGAAAACUUGCAGAAAACCGUCAACACAAUUGAAUUUGCAAGAAAUAAAAAAAUUUACAUACCGCCUGAUAAGAGAUUUGUAAGAUUAAACAUCAAAGCGAAAAAUUUGCUACAGAAAUUUGAUGAAAAUUUUGUGAAUACCUAUAGGAGUCAGGAAUAA